CUAAAGCAGCUCACCCUCCACUCUGAUAAAAGUCCUGCACACUCUCCCUCCUCAGAUAUCUGUUUCUGCUCUGCUGUCUCUCUUACACACACACUCACACAGAGGAAGGCUGAUAACUGUGAUUCCGCUGCUGAAUUUUUAACGCUGUUGUGGAACUUUUUUUUUCCAGCCGGGGUUACUGUGGCACCGGGGUACUAUUACACUGACAGAGACAGGGAGACCGGGCUCAACUCUUUUCUGUUGUUUACUGAGGCUGCACUGACCCAGACUGUCCAUGGAGUGUUUGGCUAAUCCCGUCCUGAUGCUGUCACCAUAAAAUUAUGACCCUUAACACUCAGAGAGAUAAGGAGCCUCUGCGGCGUCGAGGGAGCACACCAAUUCCUCCCCUUUAUCAGCAGCUAAGUGGGACUUGGGACUUUCGAAGAUCCCUGAGCACACGGCCGGAACGUCCUGGUCCAACACGCAGUCACCCUCCUUUAGGGCAGUCAGCAUCUUACCAUCCCGGAGACAAGUCCCUGCACUACCGUGCUCACUGGAGUUCUGACUCAGAUGACGACUCACAGAGUGAAUCAGAGUGUGUUUACAGAGUGGUGUUGCUUGGCGACCAUGGUGUCGGAAAGACCAGCCUCGCAGGCAUCUUUGCUGGAAUCACGGAGAAAGAUGAUCAACCUGGAGAGGACACAUAUGAGCGGACACUGAUGGUGGAUGGAGAGGAAACAACACUGAUUGUCAUGGACACAUGGGAGAGUGAUAAAUCGGAAAAAGGAGACCCAUCCUGUCAUGAUGAUUGUCUGAAGGUGGGGAGUGCUUAUGUUAUUGUUUACUCUGUCACCGACCGCUCAAGUUUUGAUUCAGCUGCUGAACUCCGCAUAACACUGAGGCGUGCACGACAAGCCGAAAAUCUUCCCAUCAUCCUCGUAGGAAACAAGAGUGACUUGGUCCGGGCUAGAGAGGUCGCUGUGGAAGAGGGCAGUGCUUGUGCGGUAGUGUUUGACUGUAAAUUCAUUGAGACGUCUGCAUCCCUGCAGCAUAACGUGUCCGAACUGUUUGAGGGCGUGGUGCGACAGAUUCGUCUCCGUCGGGACAGCAACGACGUCACAAAGAACAGAAACUCAAUCUACAAACGUAAAGAAAGCCUCACCAAGAAGGCCCGCCGUUUCCUGGACCGACUGGUGGCACGAAACAACCAGCGAAUGGCGGUUAAAGUGCGCUCCAAGAGCUGCCAUGACCUAGCUGUCCUCUGAAGACUUGCUUUCAUCAAGACUUUUAUUGUGACUUCUUGAACGAUUGCCUGCUUGUGAUACUGCGGAAAAUAGCAUCAGCUGUGUCUUUCACGACCAGUGGGUCAGGCUCAGACAAAACUGUCACUGACAAAAUGAAUGAACAGAAGACACUUACUGUGACUAUGGCUUCCCUGUUUUACUAUUUAGUGUCAAAUUCGUUGCGACUUUACCUCCAAAUGACAUCAAUAUGAGGAUUUCAGAUGAAUGUAACAAAUCACCAUUCUAUGGUUUAACAGUGGCAUGAGUGCGUUUAAGUGUGUAGGUGUGUGUGUGUGUGUGUGUGUGUGUGUGUGUGUGUGGGUGUGUGUGUGUGUGUGUGUGUGUGUGUAUAAGUAGAGGUGAUGUGACAUUGUUCAUCAUGGGGAACCUGAUCACUGUUGUUAUCCCGAGAUUUCUUGUGUUCAGAUUAAUGUGCUAAAUAAAAUUUCAAAAGUCAUAAAAUCAUGUCUACUAAAAUUGUACAAAAAAAAAAACAAACAAACUUAUUUUGCGAUUUUUAAAUAUUUUUUAAAUUAGCAUUGCAUACUUGGCAGUGUCUAUUGAAAGUGAAAGUUCUGUCAUUUUUUACCCCUUCAUCUUACUGUGUGCCCAGUUUCCUCAAGAUAAUAUUCUGGUGAUGUUAAAAUUUGAUACCAAUCCAAGUCAUGUUGCUUUUACUGUCAUUACAACCAUAUAAGGGUGAAACACUGCAAAGUUACAUAAGAUUUAAUCUUCCAGGAACCUAGCACUACACAUACAUAUAAACCGACCUGAUUAAAAUGUGAAGCACAUAAUCUGAAAGUGAGGACCCACAUGACUAAUGUUAUGCUAAGAGUUCAUGUAGGAGGUUCAUGGGAUUUCCUACAAUACUGCUGGCUUUACCGAUCCAGGCUGUGUGGUAAAUGAAAGAAAGACAAUGACAAUUUUUCAGUGAAGUGCUUGAAAAAUGUUCAAAUAUGAAUUCAUCAUUCAUUUCAUCAAGUGAAGACCAAGGAAUAUGGUGGGGUCUUGGGGAUUCUCCGCAGCGGAUCUGUUUAAGUUAAGUGCUGCGUCACUUAACUUAAACCACUCUGUGGUUUUAUUAAAGCCAGUGAUCAUGUUUUUUGAUUUAGCAACUCCCAGUAACAAUUUGUUGACUUUGUUUCAGUCUGUAAGCCAUCACACCUCCUCUCUGUAUGCUGACUUGACAUUUUUAUUGAUGAAAUCCACCAUGGUAAACUUUGCAGAUGACAUAAUGCAGUUUGAUCUGUGCACUGCUGCACAGUGCAAAGAACAGGACUGAGUACAGAACUCUGAGGGACCCCAGUAUUCAGUGCCUUUCUGUCAAAAUGUCAAGGAUCCAGUUGCAGAGGGAGGUGUUUACAUUCUACUUUAUACAGCAAUAACUCUUCCACAGUAAUUCUCAAGUCAAAUUCUCAAGUCAACAAACAUAACUAAGCAAAUAAACUUUUUUGCCUUGGAUUCCCUCUA